AUGAACGCACAAGAUUCAAUACCUAUAGCUGGUUCAUCUAAAAAAUCUACCGUCUACAUUGCUGGUAUCGCUCCCGAGGUGAACGAGCAACAACUUUUAGAGGCCUUUGUGACUUUUGGUGAUAUAAUCGAUAUAAAAAUCCCUACAGAACCACAUGAACCAAACAAACAUAGAGGUUUCGCUUUCUUAACAUUCGCAAACCCUGCCGAUGCUCAAGAUGCUAUAGAUAAUUACGACUUAAAUGAAUUACCAGGUUAUAAAGGUCGUGGGAAAUUUCUGAAAUGUAGUAUAGCUCAACCGAAUAGAUAUGGUAAUGAAGGUGAAGGAGAUAAAUUUGAUAGACCUGUAUGGGAAAGUGAAGAAUGGCUUAAGAAAUAUGCCAAACCUUUGGAUCAAAACGGAGCUAUCAACACUCAACCAGAGGGUCAAAGUAACCCCGACGAAGAAGAAUCUUCAUAG